GAAACCUCCGUGACUGAGAUCGAGGAUUUAAUAAAUUAUUACUAAAUAAUAGCAACCUGAAAGAACAAAGCUGAUUCUGCUUCAGGCUGCUGCUGUUCUUUCUGUAGACCUUACUAUUCCUAGUGGGUGAUGUCUGAGCAUCUCUAAAAGAUCCCAAUAUUCUGCUAGUUACCAGAGAGACUUCUUUGAAAACAGCCAUGGAUGACUAUGACAUAAGGUCCGCUGCCAGCAUUCUGGCCUCUGUCAAAGAGCAAGAAGCUCGCUUUGAGAGGCUGACACGUGCUCUAGAAGAAGAACGUCGUAAUGUCUCACUCCAACUUGAGCGAGCCAAUGUGCCCUCAGAACGAAUGAGCAUGUGCAACAUAGGCAAUGGGCAACCACUACCUACUGCAUGGCAACAACUAGUUCUGCAGGAGCAAAGUCCCAGUAACCAGACCUCCGUUGCCAUGAUGCAGGAACCUCCAGAGAUGUUGGAAGAGACUGUAACGGUCGAAGAAGAUCCUGGGACGCCUACUUCCCAUGUGUCUAUAGUGACCUCAGAGGAUGGAACUACAAGGAGAACAGAAACCAAGGUUACAAAGAUGGUUAAAACGGUCACCACAAGAACAGUUCGUCAAGUGCCACUUGGUCCAGAUGGUGUUCCUGUUAUAGAUGCCUCCUCUCCUAUCAGUGGCUAUACAGAUUCUAUUGACAGACGAUACAUGAAAAAUGGGGAGAGGUUUAUUUCCCCACAGGCUUCUUCAACCUUGACAAGAUCCUACAACAACAGCUACAAUGACUCUUAUGGAGAUCAUCAUGAGACCCCUUACAGAUCCUUCAUGGCACCUGAAGGUUAUGGAGAUAUAGCAGACAACUAUGGAAGCUUGUCCCGUGGAAUUAAUUACCGCCCUCGAUAUGCCUACACUCCUGGCAAUAGUUAUCGUCCUGAAGAUGGCAGCUAUACACUCCCAUCUCGUAGGGAAAACUAUGUUCCCAUUGCGCAACCACAAGUGCCAAUUGGCAGUAGUGUGGACCUGAACCGGUCCCAGCCUGAGCGUUUCCAGCCAGAGCCAUAUGGUCUAGAAGAUGAUAAUCGUAGCCUUGGAGCUGAUGAUGAAGGUUAUGAAUUGGAUCAAGAUUAUUCGACUAUGAACAGAAGAGUCCUUCCUGGUAUGCCCAUGACUGGUAGACCACACAAGCCAAGAGCCUAUGAUGAUCCUCUGGAGUCAGAACUGAUUGAAGAGAGAAUCCCUUAUCUCCACAGUGGCUAUGCUGCACCACUGGCUCAACCAGAGAGAGGAAGCCUGGCCAGCAUAGACCGCCUGGGAAAACGCUCGCCUUCCAUUGACAGCAUGCGCAAAGAUCCCCGAUGGAGAGAUCCUGACCUGCCUGAAGUAAUUGCCAUGCUCAAUCAUCCCAUCGACCCAGUCAAGUCCAAUGCAGCUGCUUAUCUACAGCACCUAUGUUAUGAGAAUGACAAAAUAAAGAAGGAAGUGAGACAACUCAAAGGCAUUCCCAUCCUUGUGGGAUUAUUAGACCACCCUAAGCCUGAAGUCCACCGUAAAGCCUGUGGAGCCCUCCGUAAUAUCUCUUUUGGAAAAGAUAAUGAAAACAAAGUUUCCAUAAAGAAUUGUGAUGGUAUUCCUGCAUUGAUACGGCUUUUGAGGAAGACCAAUGACAUGGAAGUUAGAGAGCUCAUAACAGGUACUCUGUGGAACCUGUCCUCGUAUGAACCUUUGAAGAUGGUUAUCAUCAACCAUGGCCUUCAAACAUUGACUAAUGAGGUGAUCAUUCCUCACUCGGGCUGGGAGAAUGAACCCAAUGAGGACUCCAAACCCCGUGAUGCAGAAUGGACUACAGUUUUUAAGAACACAUCUGGCUGCCUAAGGAAUGUGAGUUCAGAUGGUGCAGAAGCUCGUAGGAGGCUGCGGGAGUGUGAUGGGCUGGUGGAUGCUUUACUACAUGCAUUACAAUCUGCUGUUAGUAAAAAGGACACGGACAACAAGUCUGUGGAAAACUGUGUGUGCAUCAUGCGUAACCUUUCUUACCACGUCCACAAAGAGGUUCCGGGAGCAGACAGAUUCCAUGACUUAGACAGCACAUUGCAGAGUGGGAUUGGCGGGCAGCAAAAGAAAAAGAAAGACGAUGCUGGCUGCUUUGGAGGCAAAAAAGCUAAAGAGGAGUGGUUUAACCAAGGAAAAAAGAAUGGAGAAGUGGACAAGAACUUUGACACCCUUGACUUGCCAAAGCGUUCUGAAAAUGCAAAAGGUUUUGAACUUUUGUACCAGCCAGAGGUUGUACGAUUAUAUCUUUCUAUCUUGACUGAGAGCCAAAACUACAACACACUGGAGGCCGCAGCAGGAGCUCUGCAGAAUCUGAGCGCUGGCAACUGGACUUGGUCAACCUAUAUUCGUGCUACAGUCCGCAAAGAAAGAGGCUUGCCGGUGCUUGUGGAGCUGCUUCAGUCAGACUCAGACAAAGUGGUUAGAGCUGUGGCCAUAGCUCUGAGAAACCUCUCUAUGGACAGACGCAACAAAGACUUAAUCGGCAACUAUGCCAUGGGUCAAUUGGUGCGAAACCUGCCUGGAGGGCAGCAGCGUCCUGCCAAGAACUUGGAGGAAGACACUGUCGUAGCUGUGCUGAAUACCAUCCAUGAAAUAGUCACAGACAGCUCAGAAAAUGCACGUUCUCUCAUCCAGACACAGGGAAUUGAAAAACUCAUCACUAUUAACAAAUCAAGUCAAUCUCCAAGAGAGGUGAAGGCUGCUUCCCAUGUCCUACAGAUGAUUUGGAGCUACAAAGAACUUCGAAAUGCUCUUCAGAAGGAAGGGUGGAACAAGGCAAACUUCCAGUCUGCAACAUCAACAUUGCCUAAGGGAUCGAAAGGUAAUGGGAAAUCUGGAUUUGAUGACAGCACACUGCCUCUGGUGGAUAAAAGCCAAACAAACAAGAAGUCUGGAAGCCGUGACAUGAUCCCCAUGGGUGAACUCGGGCCUGAUGGCUAUUCCACUAUUGACCACAGGGACAAGGAACGCAAGUACAGGUCAAAUGAAAACAUGGGAGAUCUAUCAGAAAAGGAGCCCCUGAAGAAUGACUCAAAUAAGAAACACAUUACCCGGAGUAACAGGCCUACUGUCAAUCUGGUGGAUGCACGCGACACUAAACCGCAGCCUGUUGACUCCUGGGUCUAGAUUUGCAUGCAUGGGAUAAACGUGCAGUGAUUCUCUUGGGGAAGACAUUUUUUUUUUAUGUUCCGAUUUUUAUUUUUAAACAAAGAAUCACAAAUUUGAAUACAUGUAGGAGGUAUCAUUGCCCACCACUGCCAUGACGUUUUCACAGGAGGACCAUUUUGGUAAAAUAAGACUGGAUGAAAACUGCCAUCUGCUGUGACUGAAAACUAAACUUUUUGAUCAUCGCCAAAAAUCGCUGUUGCUUAAUUUUACUUCAGAAUUGACACUUUUUUAGUACAUAUAUGUAUAGUAUAUAUUCAUAAAGCAACAUUCCCUUUCAAGCAUCCUGCACCAUUUGAAGAAAAUUGUCUUACUCAUGGGGAGCAGAGCCGGUGCAGAUUAUAGGACUAGGAAGUG